GAGUUUCUGGAAUGGUCCGUUUCCAUCAGAAAGGUCACUCACCCUGAGUUUUCGUUAAGGCCUCGAUACCAGCCCUGAGGAUCUAGGGAUGCCAGCCAAGAAGGAGAUUGAAGAGCCACAAAGAGAGGAUUCUUUUCUGGACCUCUGAGGGGUGAUUCAUGCUUCGAGAUAAAAUGUGCUUCCUGGGCUCCAUGGUUUCAGUGCUGGCAUGGUCGGUGGAAGGGCAGGCCCUGGUGCAGCCAGAAGCCCACCUUAUAGACAAUAAUCACUGUACUUUGGAGCAAUGGUAGGGACCUAUUUUUAGCCUACUGCCGAACCCUACGUUUUUUUGUUUUUUUUUUUUAUAGCCAUCCUUGGCCAGAUCCCAUUGUAGUCUGUAGGUUCCCCCUCCUUCUCAUUCCCAGUCCAAGAAGCCUUUGGAAAGCCAUGAAUAAGGCAGCCAGGGCACUGGUCUUACUUUCAGCUUCUUCUUAAAACAAAAGUGGAUGAGAAAUAUUGUCAGCACUGGGUGACACAAGGAGCAGCUCCAGAUUUUUGUUUCAUGACUGUGUUUUUGCCUGCGAUGAACAAGGGGAUGACUUUCUUACACUGACUUAUUGGGUGCCUUAGAGCUUUCAUACAGCCUGCACAGUUUCUAGCACAUGGCAAGUUAACUCUAAGGCACUUCUGCCAUUUUGAGGUGUUUGUGGAAGAUGAAUGAAGGUUGAGGUGGUGGCCUGGGGAGGAGGAGCAGCUCCUUCCUCAUUCACUUAACUGAUACAUAAGCAAGCGGAUUCUUGCAAAAACUUCUCUGCUUUACUUGGACACAGUGGGGCAUAAAAAAGAAGGCUCGUGCCCUCUUGGUAUCGUUAAGGAGCCUACGAUAGAGUCGGGAUACCAAACUUGGACCCACUGAAAGGCUCUGCUUGGCCAGGCCGCCUCACUCAGGGAGGACCUGCACCUUGCCGCUUCGCCUGUUCAGCACUUGGAUAUUGAGUCCCUACUGUAUGUUUUAUCCAGGACAUGGGGAUGCGAAGAUAAGGAACUCAUGCUUUGCUUGCCUCCUGAGGAAAUCCAAGUUAAUGUCUGCCUCACUGACUUGUGGAGGGGGAUCGAGGUGAUGGCCUGUGUGGAAGCUGCCUGGCUUACAAGAGGGACACAUGGAAGCCUCCAGCCUACCAGCCAAGGAUCAGCUGAGCCCUGGGGCUGAUGCUUGCCUACACUGCUGAGAAUGGCACCAAGGCCCAGCCAGGCACCAGGACAAAGGUUAACCCGGGACACUCCUGGACAGUGAUCCUGAUGUCUGUUCUGAGCCGUGCACUUAAAGGUCUGACAAGAGAAAGAGAGGCCAACGUCCAGUGAGCUGCUGGUUCUUCCUGAUGCAGGCCUUCGCAGGGCUUUGGUCCCAGUGCUGAGCCAGGAGUCAGGACUUCCAGCUUCCCUGUUUGUCUCGUGUGGAGUAGGCGUGUUCUUCUGGCACAAUCCCUCGGACGUGGCCUGACCUUGCCUAGCCAGCCCCCCUCGGCAGCAUGGCAUCCUCGGCCGAGCCUCUGACGGCGCUGUCCCGCUGGUACCUGUAUGCCAUCCACGGCUACUUCUGUGAGGUGAUGUUCACGGCGGCCUGGGAGUUCGUGGUGAACUUUAACUGGAAGUUCCCGGGGGUCACGAGCGUGUGGGCGCUCUUCAUCUACGGCACCUCCAUCCUCAUCGUGGAGCGCAUGUACCUGCGCCUGCGCGGCCGCUGCCCGCUGCUGCUGCGCUGCCUCAUCUACACGCUCUGGACCUACCUGUGGGAGUUCACCACCGGCUUCAUCCUGCGCCAGUUCAACGCCUGCCCCUGGGACUAUUCCCAGUUCGACUUUGACUUCAUGGGCCUCAUCACCCUGGAGUACGCCGUGCCCUGGUUCUGCGGGGCCCUCAUCGUGGAGCAGUUCAUCAUCCGCAACACCCUCCGCCUCCGCUUUGACAAGGACGCCGAGCCCGGGGAGCCCGGGGGCGCCCUGGCCCUGGCCAACGGCCACGUCAAGACAGACUGAAUGGGGCUGGUGUUGGGGGGCGGGGGGCGCUCACGGACCGGGUGGACGGAGGUUCCCAGCCGGCGGGGUUACAUCUCCCGAGCAGCACAAGCCCUGGCCCGGGCCCGGCCCCAGCCCCAGCCCCAGCCCCGCGGCGCCCUCCGCUGGGGGCGGGGCCAGCGGCGGGGGCGGGGCCAGGGGCGGGGCGGAGGUAGCAGAGCGACUCUGGGAGGCCCCGCCCAGCUCAGGCUGGCGGCCUCAGGCCUGUGGCUGAGCAGCGACUGGACACCCCCCGCCACCCCCCCCCCCCCCCGGGUGACUUUGGAAGCAGCAGGCCCUGUCCUGGCUAAGAGGCUCUGAGAACUGGGCAGAAGGUGGGAGGCAAGGCCCGAGGAGGCUUUGGGCUGCUGCGUGGCCUCCUCCCUCUCACCUGGUUUCGUUGGGCUUUGGCUGGUUCCAUUAGGCAAUAUUCAGGUGCUUGCUUGCAACCAAUACCUCCCCCGGGGGCCUGCUGAGCUGCAGCCUAAGGAGAGACUGGGCAGCCAGGAGGCUGCUUGGCAGCAGUGCUGGUGUGCAAGGGCUGGAGGCCUUCCCUUGGCUCCCCUCCCCUCCCCCAGGGCGCCGCUGCUCCCUUGGCCUUCUGGGGGCCCCCCCUGGUGCUGGAUUCCCACCAACCUUGGGCUUUUGGAGGUCUCAAUCCCUGUGUGUUCGGUGGCGUUUCCCCCUUUCCUCUCUUAUUCUCAAGGCCUUUACCACUAGCAGCCCUUUUUCCGUGUCAGUCACCACGCCGGCUCUGUUCCCCAGCUCCCUGGCCAACACAGCAGCUGCCAGAGAUAGAUCCCUGAGAGGGACCCUGCCCACCCUCUUGCCGUCUUCCCUCCAAUGACUGGGAAGUUCGCUUUUACACCUCCCCACCUGUCUGGUGGGCUGUGGCAGCGCCCCCUGCUCCCUGCACCCCCUUCCGGCAGUGGCCCAGCUAAAACUGAAGAAUACCCUUCCCAACACACAGGCCAAGAUGGGCCUCCCCAGACCCACAGUGGGACCUAGAGACAAAUCAGUUUAGGGGAGCUGGGGGGUGGGAGGGAAGAAAGCAUAUGGUUUCUUUUCAAGCCAGUUGGAGUCAACAGAGCUUUCUAGAGGAGGAAGAAGCGGGUAUCCAGUGUUGGAGACCCAUGGAGAAUAAGGGAAGGAGAAAAGAAGACAGCCUUUGAGCUUUGGGAAGGUCUUUGGAGCAUCAUUAGUGGGAAGGAGUCAGCUAGUUGUGCCGUAGUCCGAGCCCUGCAGCAAAACCUCUUCAGGGCGACCCCUGUCCCACCCCUCCCAGCAAGGCUGACCCUUUGAGCUUACUCCUUAAACAGUAUUGACCCUGCCAUGCUCAUGGGCAUUGUAACCUUGGUUGCCCCCACCUGUCCUCUGGGACAGGUCCAUUGCUGGCAGUGGACAGGUGAAAUCCUCACUCCAGCCCACUUCUGGCUCUGUCCCCACUCCCUGAGGGAGAGGUCCAUCAGAAUGCAACCUAUGCCAUGGUACAUGGUCUCUUCUUGACCACACUAGGACUCUUAGAAUUAGCCUUUCCCUUUUUAUAGAUCAUUAAAAAAAUGAUAAUACCACCUGUGGAGAGAAUCUCCUCUUCCUUGCUCUCCUGCUUCGCCUAGACUGUGUACAUAGCACCAGCCAGGGUGUGAGCCAGGGCUGGUGGGCUGGGGAUGGGCAGGAGUGGUAUCCUGGGAUUGGGAGAGAGGCUGGGAGACUCUGCCUUUGACAUGGUUGUGUUGUGCAGCUGGCCUGUCUGGGACAGGGUGAAGGGCAUUUCCCAGCCUCUGUUUCCUGGCCAGGCUCUUUAAAUCCAGGCAUGAACUACAUUCUGCAGGGCCCAGACCUACCUUCGAAUUUACUGUGGUCCCAAUUCCAGGGCUUUGGGGCAUCCAGGGAUUCAGGUUUCCAUCUACAGGUGGAAGGGAUUCCAGAGGAAAAAAUAUUGUCUGGAUUCCCUGUCCCCUCUAGGAAAUUAUUUCCUUGGAUUUGUCCCCUAACUCUGUGGUAUCUCAGUCAUCUGGACUCCCAACACCCUUCCAGGCCCCUCAUGGGGACCCCCAGACCACACUACCCACCUUUGCCCUCCUCUACCAUGACCGAAUCUGUGGUCAGCUUGUUUGAUGUCUGCCAGCACAGGGCCUCCGUGAUCUCAGACAGAGCAAGCCCUCAUAUGGCGCAUCAGGUCUGGCUACUCCAGAUGUUGCCCAGUGGGCAUUACCUGGCACCAUCUUUUCUCUGGGCCCUACAAACUCUCAAGUACAGGAGGUUCCAAAGUAAACCUGACUGCCUGAUAGGUGCAGAGCAUUGUCUAUCUGCUUCAUCCACGUACCCCAUGGCUCUUGCUGUCCCUCAUAGGGCACAGAGUCCCUAGCAGAGGGAGGCAACCAUCCAGGUCUUGAGCUCAGGGUCUGCAAGCUCAUAAUCCACCAGAGGUAGCCCAGACUUCAACUCUAGCUUUUCGGGGUAUCUUCAGGGCCCUCAUCCCCUAGUGCUCAGGCACCCCAGCUCUGCCAAGCGGUGGGGGUGCUGGCGGGAAGUCUGCUUCCUGUUUGUGAACCUCCAGUGUCCUGGGUCUCUCUCCACUGGACAUGGCAGCAUUUCUGAGUGACAGAUUGCCACGUGCUGCCCUGCAUGGUUGAAAUGCUUCUGAUGUCUGCUAGGCAUCCUGUACCUUGUGCCCUGUCCCCUCUGUUGCCAGUAAGUCACAAUGGCCUAUGCUUAUCUACAGCAAUAAUACAUAGAGAGUGCCCAUGAAAUCCCCUUGUCUUAGUCCCUCACUCUCUGCAUGGGUCUCCUUGGGGAGGUAGUGUCGAGUGGGUCAGUUCCUGAGAACCUGCAUAUAUGAAGCUCUGGGCUGUGUAGACAUCAUCAGGGGCGGCGGGGAUGCAGAAAGCAGAGAGGCCUGGCCCACCAGCUAUGGCUAAGGCGGGGAUAGUACCUUCCACCUUGAGGCUACCACAGACCCAGAGCUGCUGCAAGUCCCGGCUCUCCCACUUUAAAGUGGUGGUGGGGGGCGGGGGGGACUGUCUCCCAACUUCAGCAGCUCUUCAGGACACAGGACUGGUUUGUGCGCCCAUUGCCUGCUCUGUCUCCAUUGGUCUCUUUGUCUCUUCCUUUUCGCCUUUGUGCACAUCAAAUAUACUGGUGUUUGUGUUCCAGGA